AUGGAGGAUUUUAAACAAAGUGUAAACACAUAUAGCUCUGAAGGAAGGAUCCAUCAGAUUGAAUAUGCCAUGAAGGCAAUGAACUUGGGAACAACAACAAUAGGAGUAAAAACCAAAGAGUUUGUGAUACUUUGCUCUGAAAAGAAGAUAUUGUCCACCUUGCAGAAUCCUAAAAGUGUGGUAAAGCAUUACAAGAUAUACGACCAUAUUGUGCUUGGAUUCUCGGGAAUAAGCGGGGACACAAAAACGAUUGUGAAGAGAUCAAGAGACUUCUGCAUUUCGCACACGCAUAUGUAUGGGGAGAAUGCCAGUGUAGAGAGACUUUUAAAAUACCUAUCCAGCCUAAGCUUGAGGUUUGGGGAGGAGGAUGAAGCCAAGAUGAUAUUCCGAAGGCCUUUCGGUGUUUCCUUGAUUAUAGCAGGGUUUGACACCGAGCCCAGGCUUUAUUCCUUGGACCCGUCCGGAUCAUAUGUUAGUUACAAGGCUAGGGCCAUAGGCUCUGGGCAUGAGGUCGUCGAAGGUAUUCUUGAGAAUGAAUAUGAAGAGUAUGGGGAGCUUGAUCAAUCGUUAAGAAAGGCUCUUCAUACCUUGUCAAAGGUAAUGAAGGAUAGGAUCAAUAAGGACAACGUGGAGGUUGCAAUCGUUUCAAAGGAAGGAAUCAGGUUUUUAACCCCAGAAGACAUCUCAACGUAUCUAUGA